AUGUGUGGAAUUGCGUUGAUAGUUUCAGGCAUUCGUAUUGACACCUCAUCGUUGCCCUUCGAUUCAACAAGCCCAACUCGCAAAACCGAGAAAUUGUUCUUCUCUUUUGAUGACCUCAAAGCAGCUCUGUGGAGAAGAGGCCCAGAUAGCGUGUGCGACAAGAAGCUUCUUCUUCGAUCAGAGGAAAACCUAAUUUCAUCCUUCACAACCGAUGGUGUGUCAUCUGCGGAACGCGACAAAGCCGAUGAUAUCCACACCGCGAAGCUUCAUUUCUUCGGAGCAACCUUGCAGCUCAGGGGAAUUAACCCGCUUAUUCAGCCAGUGGUGGACACAUUGGGAAAUGUUCUCGUGUAUAACGGUGAGAUUUUCGGAGGAUAUCAUCUCGCGAGUGAUUGCAACGAUACUGAGUUUCUCAUGCGGACUUUAGGGGAGUGUUGCUCCUGUGGUUCUUGUUCAGCUGGUCACUGUGUUGAAUGUGGAAAAAGUUCAGUUGUGGGUGUUCUUUCCGCAAUUAAAGGACCCUGGGCUAUCAUUUACUGGCAGAAUAGCUCGAGGACUAUUUGGUUUGGUCGAGAUGGGUUUGGUCGGAGGAGCCUCCUCGUUCACUGGCCGGCGGAAGAUAACUCAACCUUUCUGCUUUCUUCCGUGUCACCUGUUUCGCCGGUUCAGCAGGCCGCUGAGGAUGAAACUCAGAAUGGGAUAGGAUGUUUUGGUUACUGGGAAGAGCUACCAUGCGGAAUAUAUAGUGUGCAUGUAGAUGUUUCAAAAUCAAGUGGAUAUCUUAUAGCUAAAGUCAACAUGCAUGAAUAUACAAACGCAAUGUUAAAUGAACUUAUCAAGUGGGAUAGAAUUUCUGUUGACCCAAGCUCUGAAGACCUGCAAACAUACUGUCAUAACUUAUCCAGGGAGCAACUUGCUAUACAAAUGGCUUCUUCAGAGUCAGUUUCAAAUGAAACAGGCUCAGUUCAAUCUGCAAUUCCUGAGCCAGCUCAUAUUUUGCUUAAUGCUUUAAAGGAAUCUGUGUUACGGCGUACUUCAUUGUAUACUAUUUAUCAGGCAGUGAAAUCUGGUAUCAGACAAGAGGAAUUUGUUCCCGUGGCAAUUCUUUUCUCUGGUGGUUUGGACUCCAUGAUACUUGCAGCAUUACUGGAUAAAUGCUUGGAUCCUAGUUAUGAAAUCGAUCUACUUAAUGUAAGUUUUGAUGGUCAUUUAGCUCCUGAUAGACAAUCCGCGAAAGCAGGUUUGAAUGAACUAAGAAGAGUUGCACCUUCCAGGAAAUGGAGACUUGUGGAAAUUGAUGCUGAUUUGUCAGACUUGGUGUUCGAAACUAGUCAUGUUAUGUCACUCAUAAAUCCUGCCAACACCUACAUGGACCUUAAUAUUGGAAUAGCUUUAUGGCUUGCAUCUGGUGGGGAUGGAUGGGUAUCUGAUGCAAAUACAUUUGAUAAUGAUGACAAUCAUGUACGGAUUAAGUAUAAGUCUAAUGCAAAGAUUCUCCUUGUUGGUUCUGGGGCUGAUGAACAGUGUGCUGGGUAUGGGAGACAUAGAACAAGUUAUAGGCGUGGAAGGUACUAUUGUGAUAAUGGUACAUUUUGGCUGGGGCUACACGAGGAAAUGAAACUCGAUAUGCAAAGAAUUUGGAGAAGAAAUUUAGGUAGAGAUGAUAGGUGUAUUGCUGAUAACGGGAAGGAGGCUAGAUUUCCAUUCUUGGAUGAGGAUGUUAUAAGGCUGUUGCUUGAUAUUCCGUUGUGGGAAGUUGCCAACCUCGAUCAACCUAGUGGCAUCGGUGAUAAAAAGAUUUUAAGAGAGGUUGCCGAAUUACUUGGUUUAUAUGAAGCGGCAGUUCUACCAAAACGAGCAAUUCAGGUUAGAUAUCAAAUUGUCAAUAGAGCGUUUGGUUCAAGAAUUGCAAGGGAAUCGAAUCGGAAGAAUUUUGGAAGCAACCGAGCAGCAAAUCAGGCAUCUGCUGGCAGCAAUUUGGAUUGCAUCUUGGAACUACUGGGAAACAAGCAUCUAUAUCUGAUGGGUUCUGAUCAUAUCUUUAUGCCCCAGAGGUUUCCUAACGCCAAAACUUUGCGAGCUUGA